AUGGUCAUUGCAGAUGGCAAGCUUGUCAUAAACCACAGCAACACCCCACGCCCCGACCGCUCCACGUUAGUCCCAUGGGAACCCCCGAUUCCUGUGCCCUACCUCGACCCUCAGACCGAUGGGAUCGGAGCGGAGAAGUACGGCAACGCUUUCACGGAGGUGGCCCAGUCGCUGGGACUGCAUUCGUCGUUCAACGUCUUCAACAUCCUGGUCCCGCCUUACGGCCAGGUUCCACUAGAAGCCUUCGGUGAUCCAAAACAAAGCUCGAAGAUUCUCGAUGCCCUUAACUCCAAUCGCGCUCUUCUCAGAGCACAGAUCCUCAACAUCGAGAAUCGACUGAGUCGGCUCGUCCAAAACCCAACGUCGACCUAUCUUCUCGUGGGAAUUCUAGGAAUUGUCGGCAUCGCCCAUAUUUUCAUGCUUCUUUCGUCGGCUUUACGGCGGUUCAUGAAGUGGCGGAGGGGAUUACUCGACAUGGAUGUCAAAGGCCUGGCCCAGGAUGGAUUCAGCAGCAUCGCAAUGAUGGCUGCGCUGCUGGAUGAUUCGAACGUUUCGACGCAUAUACCAGAAGGUUCUCACAAACUAUCGAAGGAAGAUCUCUACGACAGGCUCGCAUGCAAACGCUUUCGCAUGGGUUGGUUUCGAAGGGAGUCGGAUCGAACGAUGCACUUCACUGUUGGGGUUAUGGACGACGAUGACUUCAAGUUCGUGGGCAGUAAGAGAGACGUGAGGAUCGAAGACGUGGAAAGUCAAGACAUGGAACUUCAAGACAUGAAUAAUGAAGAUGUGAUGAAUAACGAAGACGUGGAUAGCGAUGAAUUUGGAAGGCGAACAAGGUUCGAAGAUUGA